AUGGAAAAUCUCUUGUGUAAUGAAGUUUGGCUAAUGAGCCCCAACAUUCUCCUCGAUAAUACGAAUGUACAAGAAAAAGACGAACCUCAUAAAGUCGAUUUUUGGACUGAAGAAGAUUGUGAAGAGGCUUUGAGUGUGUUUAUAGGCAAGGAAGAUGAUUACUCACCCGAACGAGGCUACUCGGAGCUUGUCGUGAACGAUGAUUUGAUUCGAAAUGCUCGGUUUAAAGCAGUUAAUUGGCUCAUUAAGUUCUUGGAGUUCAAGCAUUGUGUUGUGGCAACAUCUGCAGUGAGAAGUACAGUUGAACAUUUAUUGCCAUCUACAAAAAUGGCUCCACUUGCAAAUAUAGAAGCUUUCAUCCCUCAAGAUCAUAAGGAUGAUUUGAUCAAGUGUCGAAGGAUGAUAGCGAAACUAAUGGUGCAAGAUCACGAAAGGUUCGUUCGUGUGAAAAAUUACUGGCAUGGCCCUUUAAGCCCUGUGACCGUGUUGAAAGUGGACCUUUUUGAGCUGAAAUCAGGUCGAAAGAGGAAG